CGGCCGCUAGGCUAACAGACGCCUUCGAGGAGCGAAGAUGAUGAAGCCAGGCCUUCAGCAACUCGGCACGGACACAGAGAAGAGCGGAGGCCGCGGAAGGAGCCGGUCGGCCAGCUAUCGCCACUGUCGCAAGCGCUUGUGCUCGCCUCCAAAAUCUGCAUCCGAUCGCCUCCGGGCCCACGGCGCCGAAACACACCGGCCGCUGGAGCGGGAUCUUAGCUGUGCGCUCCGGACUGCAAAGGCGAGGGACCAACUUCCGGUCCUCCGCAUCCGGCUUCCGCUCUCUGGCGGGGGUGUGCUGCUGUUGAUCUUCCGGCUGGCGGCUCGCCGGCCUUCUUCACGGUUUGCUUCGAAUCUGAAAGCAGGCGAGUUUCCCCAGCCGCGCUCACAGGAUGAUUAUAACUUGGGAGACAUUUUCCUAGGAGUGGAGUACAUCCUCCAGCAUUGCAGAGAAAGGGAGGAUUAUUACGAUGUCCUGACGGUGACAGCCACCCACGGACUCUGUCACCUGCUGGGCUUCACCCACGGCUCCGAGGCCGAGUGGCAAAAGAUGUACGACCGGGAGAAGAUGGUGCUGGAGGAGCUGAGCCGCUACACGGGAGCUAAGCUCCAGCCCCUGAGCAGGGACCUCUACUGAUGCCCCAAAGCUCUGCGAUACAGAACCCGAUGGACAGAGUCCUGCUCCUCCACACUGGAUCUCUGCUGGUCAUGCUGCCCUGGAGGGCCUCAGCCCACGCUACAGCUUCAUUCUGUGAGUGGACAUUGGCAUCAGAAAGUACCAAGGAAGUGCCUGUCAGCCCUUGCUCUGAUUAGAAGGCUGUGCGGACUGUUGCAAGCAGAAAUAGGCAUUCUAAGAGAAGAAACAUGGACGCUCUUAUGCUUCUUUGGGUUUCUAACUGUAGAGUCUGGGUGGACUGCCCUGGCUCCCUGAAGUGGAAGGAACAUGCCAGAACACUAUUCUUACUAGGAGGAUAGGCGCCUACAGACAAGCAGGCCCAAAAGGACAAGGUUCCUACCCCAACCCUCAGGAACUCUGGCACCUGAACCUUGCUUUCUCCACUCCGGAGAGCCACCUUGUGCCCUCGCCUUUCUUAAGCUGUUGGCUGUAGACACCAUAAGACAGCCCACUGACCUACGGAUCUUGUCUCCUGGGGCCAGAGAGUCAACUGUGUCCUCCAUCUUUAUUGUUGUUUUGUUGUUGAUGUUUGGUUUUGGUUUGUUUUUUGGUAUGUUUUUGUUUUUGUUUUUUGUUUUUUGUUUUUUUUCCGAAACAGGGUUUCU